UUGGGGGGAGAUUCGGAAGCAAACCACGCCUCGCCUUUGCAAAGGCGAUGCCUUUUGCUCUUUGCCGCCAUGGCUAAAGCUGCCAAAAGUCUGCAGGGCAAAUGGCUGGGCGCGGACGGCGAGUACGUGGCCACAAUUCGGGGCUGUAAUAUCCAUUGGCCGGAUGGAUCAAAGAUCGCGUUUCAGCCCUCGGAGGGUGAGGUGGUGCAGCUGAAUUUCGAGCUGGACAACCAGGCCUACAGCGCAACGGCUACGGCGCCCGAGCGCCUGGAAUUCAGCGACGGGGACGUGUGGCUGAAGCCCAAGCCAAAGGAACGCAAGGUCUCCGCAACACCCAGAAAGCGAAAGGAAGUGCCGGAGAAAGCGCGGAAGUACAAGAUCACGUCAGCCAACAAGGUGGCCGUGCUUCCAAAACCCGACGUCGAGGCGGAGGUGAAGACGUACCUUCCCCCGGGCACCAUCAUCGAGGCGGCAGAGGAGUGGAUGGAUCCGCGGGACGACCGGCGGUACUUCUUCGUGGAAGCACACCACGGCUGGGUUCCGGAGUGCUCCCGGAAGGAUCCCAGCAAGGUCAUCCUGGAGGAACACCUCACUCCGGCACAGAAGCGCGCCCGGGCUGCUCGAGCAGAAGCAGAAGCGAAGGCGGCGGAAGACGCCAAGGCAGCAGAAGAAGCCAAGGCGGCGGAAGCCAAGGCGGCGGAAGAAGCCGAGGCACAAGGUACCGAGGCAGAAGGCGUCAAGGCAGAGGCGCCAGCGGCAGAAGCGGAGGCAGACGCCGAAAAAGCAGAAGCCCAGGAAGCGGAAGAAAUGGCGGAGCCCGAGCCACAAGAGGCCGAGCAAGAGGAGGCGCAAGAGGCUGAGGCAGAGGCCCCAGCUGAGGUGAAGGCGAGCCCAAAGAAGGCUUCGAGUCCAAAGAAGGCUGCGAAAGCGCGUGCACGGGCGAAUGCUUCGCCCAAAGCCUCCGCGUCGUCUACACCAGCGCCCAUUUCCAAGGAGAAGCUGCAGGAGAAGUUAUCCAAGGAGCUGCGGGAGAUCUCCCCAGACCCGGAGCUCGCGGAGGAGGCCGAGAAGUUGGCGGAGGCGCAGGAGCUGCCCCGCGACGCCUGCGAGGAGUGGACGCGACUCAUGCAGCUGUCCACCCAGAAGACCAAGGCCUCGCUGCGCAGCCUUUGGCUGCCAACGGAGGGCUCCAAGCAGCAGGCGGCGGUGCGCCUUGUGCGGCACCUCGCGGGCUGGGGGCCCUCACUGCAGGACGUUGCCCUCUUCCAGGCCGCAGGCCUGGUGCAGGCUCCGGCGCGGCGCCUGCUGGGCAAGACACAGGCAGCGGUGGACCCGGCCAAGGCGCCGCGCUUGCAGGCCAAAGCCCGGGCCAAAGCCCGGGCCCAGGCCAAGGUGAGGGCAAAGGCGAAGGCGUUGAAGCCGCCGCCCUUGGAGGAGCUGGUGUCGUCUGGGAAGAUCCCGGAAGAACAAGCAGAGCGCUACGAGGCUUUGUGCGAUUCCGGGCUCAAGGAGCUCAGGGAGAUGGCGGAGCAGUUGUGGCUGGACGCGGAGGGCCGACCGCACCAGCUGGCCCUCCGCAUCGUGCGGCACUUGGCCGGCCUGGAGCCGCUGGAGGAAGCAGAGCCCAAGGCGAAGCCCAAGGCCAAGGCCAAGGCGAAGCGGAAGCUACGGGGCGCGCGCCUGGGGGCGAGUUCCCGUUUGGGCCGAGGGAGAGUCGGCGGUGGCUCUCGAGCGGCCAAAACGGCCGGUGCUCGGCCGGCGGGCCCAAGCAAGAUGAAGCUUAGGACCUUCCUGGUGUCGUUUCUGCAGCAUGCAGACAUCGAGCAGACCACCUUCGGUCAGCUGAAGCAGAGGGCCGCGGAGGAGUUCGGGGAGCUGCGGGAGGAACAAAUCGAGACGCUGCGUGACUUGGUGGCCACGGCCAUGCGCAAGCAGCUCGGGGUGAAGAGGAGGAAGAAGGGCCGCCUGCCCGCAGACGAGGUGCCUGUCGAGCCGAACGAGGUGCCCGUUGAGGCCAAAGAGGCCAAAGAGGUCAAAGAGGUCAAAGAGAUCAAAGAGGAGAAGGAGAAGGUAGAGCCGGAGAAGGAGGAGAAGGAGCCGGAGAAGGAGAAGGAGAAGGAGAAGGAAGCGCUCAAACAGAGCCCGGAAAAGGUGGUGUCGCAAAAGGAGAAGGAAGACGACUCGGAUUCGGACUCCGUGUCCAUUUCCCCUUUCGACAUGAACAUGAUGGCCACGCCCCUUGGGCCCAUGACGCCCGGCUCACCGAUUCCUGCGGCCAAGCCUUCGCCGAAGAAGGUCAGAGCCGAGAGGCAGGAGGUCAGAGCCGAGAGGCAGGCGGAGAGAAAGGCGCAGAGAGAGGCAACCAAGGCUGCAGAGACGGCAAAGAAGGUUGCGGAAAGAGCAGAGAAGGCGGCGGAGAAGGCAACAGAGAAGGCCGAGAAAGCGCACAUGGCGGGGAAGGAGGACACGCAGGAGGAGGGAGAGGGUGACAAGGCGGAGAAAAGCGCAGAUGAGGUGCCGGAAAAGUCGCCGAAAAAGGCGGCUCCCGUGGCCGCCGUGGCCAAGGGGGACAAGGCCAAGCCCAAAGAGGCAAAGCGGCAGCCGCGAUUUGCGCAACCCGUGAAGGUGCCUGUGAAGAAGGACCUUCCCGGCAAGGCCGAGAGCAAGCCGACCAUGGCGGAGACGUUCAAGAAGCGGCAAGGCUUCGUAUUUGUCUCUUCCCGUGGCCGGAAGUUGGAGGAGGAGGAUGAGCAGCUUCUCUCCCGCAUGCUCCGGCUGCGGAAGCAGGAAGCAGAGGAGAAGAAGCGGAAGGCUAUGGAGGCGAUGAUCUUUGAGGGCAUCCAGAGCACUAUGGCCCGCUUUGUGCAGCAUAGCCUGGUGAACGAGGAGAAGCAUGUCAUGCUGCUUCAGGCUGGUUCGCUGUCCUGCCGCCUGACGGUGCCGGCGGACCUCAACUCCGAGCUGCAGACGCGGCUCACGGAGCUCGUGGCCUCCUUCGGAGCCAAGCUGCUGGAAGAGAGGACAGCCCAUGGGUGUCCAUGUUUCAGGGCAGCGCCGGCUGAGCCCGGAGCCGGCGGAGCCGCGGGUCCCGACUCGGCGGAGUCUGGAAAGGAAGCCGACGUGAAGGCUUCUCAACCAGCAGAAGCUGGAGCUGCCGAAGCUUCAGAGGCGCAAGAACCUGCUCCAAUGGCAGAUGCUGCUGCAGAGAGCGCUCCGGAGGCUUCUCAACCAGCACAACCUGGAGCUGCAGACGCUGAGGCUUCACAGGCGCAGGAACCUGCUCCAGUGGCAGAUGCUGCAGAGAGCGCUCCGGAGGCUUCUCAACCAGCAGAAGCUGGAGCUGCAGAAGCUUCAGAGGCGCAAGAACCUGCUCCAAUGGCAGAUGCUGCAGAGAGCGCUCCGGAGGCUUCCCAACCAGCACAACCUGGAGCUGCAGACGCGGAGGCUUCACAGGCGCAGGAACCUGCUCCAGUGGCAGAUGCUGCAGAGACUGCUCUGGAGGCUCCUCAACCAGCAGAAGCUGGAGCUGACGCGGAGGCUUCAGAGGCGCAAGAACCUGCUCCAAUGGCAGAUGCUGCAGAGAGCGCUCCACAGGAGGUUGCAGAGAAGACUGCUUCAGAGGCUGCUCCUGCACAGACUGAUGCAGCGGAGAGUGCUGCUACUUCAGACAAUGCUCCAGCCGAGAAUGCUCCAGAGGUUGCUCCGGCAGAACAUGCAGCGGAGUCUGUCGAGCCAGCUGACCAAAUGGUGGCGGAAGCUGGUCCAGAGAGCGGCGCCACUGCGCAAGCUGAAGCGGCGCCGGAGUCUGGAGCGAAGCCUGCAGGAUCGAACGAUGUGCCACGGGAGAAGGGCCGAGUCUUGGCCGCCAUCAUCGAGGACAAGACCUUCGUGCCCGGCACCCCCGCGCCCAUGCCCGGCACUCCGGCCUUCGCCACCAUGGUCCAAGAUGCAAAGGCGGUGGCGAAGCCUUUUGCCGGGCCUGUGCAGAGGUGGCUGGUGCGGUUCAAACCCAAGGCCUUGGAGAUGUUCCUCAUGAAGCACCCGCAGGUGGUGGGGGUGGACGAGGUGAAGCUCAUCAAGUUCGCAGAGACCUUCGUCGCCAAGGCAGAUAUGCACGCGAUGAAGAUCAGCGACUUCUUCCUGGCGGUACAGAACCGCUUCGGGGAGCAGCUGCCGGAGCGCAAGAUCCGCACCACGCGCUUGCUGCGCCAGGUGCUGCAAAAACGCCAAGACGAGGACAAGAAGAGCAAGAGCUCCAAGAGCCUGGAGGGCCAGAAGGAGCGAAAAAUGGUGGCCGGCAAGAAAGGCCUUGCCGAUGACUACAAGAUGGUGGUCGAAGAAGCCGACGAUUUGGCCUGGGCGGUGCGCUCGUUGGCGCCCUUCGGCAUGCGCGGCCCGGAUCUCGUGGUGCGACCCCCGCCCUCCCAGGCGCUGCCUAUGCUGAAGGGCUUGCGGGGCCUGGCGGAAUGGGCAGAUCUGAAGCAGCUGCUGCAGGAGUCCAAGCUGGGCCGGGUGGUGAACGCCCUGCGCCGGCACCCGGACCCAGACGUGGCGGGGGUGGCCCGAGAACUCGUGGACAGCUGGAAGGUGGCCUGUCAGAGGAAGAAGGAGCACAAGGAGGGCAAGGAAAAGGAGGCGGAGCUGGUCGAGGGCGCAGAGAAUGUGCCGGCAGCCCAGGAAGCGCCAGCGUCGGAAGCAGCCCAGGAAGCGCCGGCAGCCCAGGAAACGCCGGCAGCCCAGGAAGCGCCGGCUGCCCAGGAAGCGCCAGCCCAGGAAUCGCCGGAAGCCCAGGAAGCGCUGGCAGCCCAGGAAGCACCAGAAGUUGAAUCGCCUGCUCGGGAAGCGCAAGAAAUUGAAGCGUGAGCUUCCAGGAAGGCGAGUCGCACACGUGC